ACAUGUCCGUUACCUUUAUCAAUGAAGGUUUUCGAAUUUAGUCUUCUAAAUGAGAAUUCUCUGCAGCUUUUUCAGAAAAAUUACAUCAAUAAAUCUUGCAUUAAAUUUCUCUACUUGGCAAUCAUCGUCUCUUAUUCUGUAUCUUUCAAAGAAACCCAUUUUACACAACAUUGAAUUCCGUAGAAGAAAGCGUAAGCUGGCGGAACUUUUACAAAUACAUGUCCCAAACAAUCCUCACCUCUUUUACAAGAAAGUUCAUGGAGUUAUCAUAGUUUCAGGGUUUCAAUCAGAAUUAUUUUUAAUCAAUGUCCUUCUUAAUACGUAUUCGAAAUUAGGUUGUCUUUAUGAAGCGCGGUUAGUGUUCGAUAGAAUGUCUGACAGGAAUCUAAUAACAUGGUCUUCAAUGAUAUCCAUGUAUACUCAACAUGGUCAGGGUAAAGAAGCUUUGGCUGUAUUUGAGAAAUUUCAGGUUUCGUCGAAUGAGAAUCCGAAUGAUUUCAUAUUAUCUAGUGUUCUUCGAGCUUGCACGCAGUUGAGAGAUGUAAAACGAGCAAUUCAAAUUCGUGGGUUUGUUAUAAAAGCGGGUUUUGAUGAAGAUGUAUAUGUGGGUACUUCUUUGAUUGAUUUUUAUUGUAAAAACGGGGAUAUUGAAGAAGCAAAGUUAGUUUUUGACGAUUUACCAGUGAAAACUGCAGUGACUUGGACUACCAUAAUUAUGGGGUACUCGCGAAGUGGUAAGAGUGAAGUUUCUUUGCAGCUGUUUCAACAAAUGAGGGAAACUGAUGUCGUUCCUGAUAGGUAUGUUUUCUCCAGUGUUCUUAGUGCUUGUUCUGUUUUGAAUUUUCUUAAAGGAGGAAAACAAAUCCAUGCUUACGUGUUGAGGAAUGGGACAGAAACAGAUAUUUCAGUGAUUAAUGUGCUCAUCGAUUUUUAUUGUAAGUGCUGUAAAAUUAAGAUAGGAAGGAAAUUAUUUGAUCAGAUGCCUGUUAAGAAUGUCGUUUCUUGGACCACCAUGAUUGCUGGGUAUAUGCAGAAUUCGUUUCACCAGGAUGCUAUGAAAAUAUUCUCGGAAAUGACCCGGUUAGGUUGGCGACCUGAUGGGUUUACUUGCACUAGUAUCCUGUCUUCAUGUGGUUCACUUGAAGCUUUAAAACAGGGAAUACAAGUUCAUUCUUAUAUUAUAAAAGCGAAUCUUGAAUCUGAUGAUUUUGUAAAAAAUGGUUUGAUCGAUAUGUAUGCAAAAUGUACUUCACUUGAAGAUGCUAGAAAAGCUUUUGAUGCGAUGGAUGAACAUAAUGUAAUUUCUUACAAUGCCAUGAUCGAAGGGUACGCAAGACAAGGCCGGAUUUGUGAGGCAUUGGAUCUGUUUCAUAUGAUGAGGCUUAGAUUAUUCAGUCCAAGUCUCUUAACAUUUGUUAGUCUUCUUGGGGUUUCAGCUUCUUUGUCCACCAUCGAGUUGAGCAAGCAAAUUCAUGGCCUCGCUGUAAAAUCUGGAGUUGCUUUAGAUUUAUAUACUGGUAGUGCUCUAAUUGAUGUUUAUUGCAAGUGCUUUUGUGUUGAUGAUGCAAGGCUUAUAUUCAAUGAGAUGACUGAAAGGGAUAUUGUGGUAUGGAAUGCCAUGGUUUCUGGGUACACCCAAAGUGGGCAAAGCGAUGAUUCUCUCAGGCUAUUUUUAAAAUUACUCACUUCAAGAAUAAGACCUGAUGAGAUAACAUUUGUUGCUCUUGUAACAGCUGCUAGUGAUCUAGCUAGUCUCUUUCAUGGUCAGCAGUUACAUAGCCAGCUUAUAAAAACUAGUCUAGAUUUAGAGCCAUUUGUCUCUAUUGCCCUUGUAGAUAUGUAUGCAAAGUGUGGAAGCAUUGAAGAAGCUCGGGUACUAUUUGAUUCGAUAAACCAAAGAGAUGUUGUGUGCUGGAAUUCAAUGAUAUCGAGAUACGCACAGCAUGGUCAUGCUAAAGAAGCUUUAAUGUUGUUUGAUCAGAUGGUAGUCGAAGGAAUAGAACCCACCUGUGUGACAUUUAUUGGUGUGCUCUCAGCAUGUAGUCAUGUCGGAUUAGUUGAAAUUGGGCUAAACCACUUUCAGUCGAUGAAGUCCAGUUUUGGCAUUGAACCAGGAAUGGAACACUAUGCUUGUGUGGUUGAUCUCCUGGGCAAAGCUGGGAAACUACAUGAAGCCAAGGAGUUUAUUGACCAAAUGCCGAUUGAACCUGCAGCAACUGUAUGGCGAAGUUUACUCAGUGCAUGUAGAAUGGUCGGUAACCUAGAGCUAGCAAAGUAUGCUGCAGAAAUGGCAAUCUCAGUUGACCCUAAUGACAGUGGGUCUUAUGUACUGUUAUCGAAUAUAUUAGCAUCUAAAGGUAUGUGGACAGAUGUGGAGAAGGUUAGGAAGAAGAUGAAUAGCAAUGAGGUAUUGAAGGAACCAGGACAUAGUUGGAUAGAAGUGAAUAGUAAGGUUACAGUGUUCAUUGCAAAAGAUAAAACUCACAACCAGGCCGAAUCUAUUUACUGGGUGUUACAAAAGUUGACAAAACAAAUUAUUGAUGUGGGUGACGUGCCUGAACUAACCACUCUUUCCUAAAUAAGGAGGGCUUCAAGGCUCUGUAUGACAGUAUCAGAUUUGAGCUGGGUUUGAGUUGCUCAGUUCGAUAUUUAAAUGAUAAUGCAAGAUUGAAGUUAGUCUGAGCCGUCCGAAAUAGUGUGCUAGUCUGAGCCGUCCAAAUUCACUAUUGCGGCUGAAUUAUGAUUUGGGAGGGCUCUGCGUGUGGCUUCAACACAACACUUCUCAACAUUUUGACAUGUGAUUCAAAUCAGAUACAGCCUGCAGGAAACCUGCAGGAAUCUGUCUAGUCUGUGUAAAGUUUGCAAAGGGUAACCAGUAAUCAAAUAAAUGAACGCGGAGGCUGGAGCAGUAAUUCAGGAAUGCUUCGUUAUAAAAGGCAUUCUAACAGAUAACCCUGCUUAAAGGUAUUUCUGUUGACAACCUUAAAUUUUAGAGGUAAUGAAUCAGUUUUUGCAUAACUUUGCCUUUUCUUCUGCCAUUGGUUUUAUCUACGAUUAAGAGUUGGCACUAAAGUUUGCAAACAAGAAUCAUACGGAUAAAAUUAGAUGUAAGUUUGCUCAUAAGUCACUGCAUACAUUUUAUGUGCUCUUGAAAUAGUAUCUUUCAAAAGAUGAACGCUGUCAUGUUUAUGAUCAGUAAAACACCUAGAUGUAAAUUCAGAAGGAACACCCCUAGAACAGGGAGAAAAAGAAGAGAGCGAAAAACAGAUGAUAAAUUGUACUAAUAAAAGCUUCUCCC